UCUGGCUGUAAGGUGACAAAAGAAGCCUGUUGGGAUCUGGCUUUAGCUCUGUGUUCAAACCCCUCACACCUGAGAGAGCUGGAUCUGAGCUGGAAUCGCCUGGCAGAAACAGGAGUCAAGAUGCUCUCAGAUCUAUUGAAGCAUCCAAACUGCACACUGAACAAACUUGAUUUGGCAGGCUGUUCUCUCAAUGGUCAGUGCUGUGAAAUUGUGGCAUCAGUUCUACAAUCAUCAAACUCCCGCCUGAUAGAGCAAUGACUUGCAGGAUUCAGGAGUGAAGCUGCUUUCUGAUGGACUGAAGAGCUCAAACUGUCAGCUGGAGAUAAUGAGAUUGGAGUGGUGUUCUCUCACUGGUCAGUGCUGUGAAAUUGUGGCAUCAGUUCUACAAUCAUCAAACUCCCGUCUAAUAGAGCUGGACAUGAGUUACAAUAACAUAUGGGAUUCAGGAGUGAAGCUGCUCUCUGAUGGACUGAUGAGUCCAAACUGUCAGCUGGAGAUACUGAGAUUAUCUGGUUGUAAGGUGGCAAAUGAAGGCUGUAUUUAUCUGGCUUCAGCUCUGCGUUCAAACCCCUCACACCUGAGAGAGCUGGAACUGACCUGCAAUCUCCUGGGAGAAUCAGGAGUCAAGAUGUUCUCUGAUCUACUGAAUGAUCCAAACUGCUCACUGAACAAACUUGAGUAUGUUGAGAAAUAAGAUUAAUUUCAUCCUGUGAAUGUUUGUAUUUGUAUUUCAGUUUUACCAUCUACGAGUGUACAGUGGAGAGAAAUGUCAUUCAAAAGGGUCUGUAGUCAGGGGUGGAGCUUUGGCCACCCUGCUCACAACUGCUGUUUCUGUCUCUAUUUUUCUUGACAAGAAUUGCAUCUCUUUAAGACCCCCAUCUCUUUAAGACCACAAAAAACGGGAGACUUUACAGACAUGCGCUCCAACUUUACCUUAGCGACAGGCGCAAGUUAAAUGAGUGUGGAAAAGGUACAGGUGCCGAAUGAGCUUCAGCAGAACAACAGUGAACUGCAAACAGCUGAUGUAGCCUACAUCAUCUGUUGGUUUGCAAGACCGUUUUGACUGGGUCACAUUGUGUGUAGUCAAAUAAACAACAGCAAAUGUAAUUCUCUGUUUUGCUGAUGCCACUUUUUUUUGAAAGACGUGUGUGAAUGCUGUUGACACUUCUGUCAGAUGUUGAGAGAAACGUGUUAUUUGGAUUUAGUAUCUAUGAUCAGAUUAGAUGUUGUCAAUAAAACAGAAAAACAAAUUUUCAUGUUGUGUCAGCUGUUAUACUGUACUCACGGCACGCACUCUUCAAUAUCAUGUGCAAAUACGGCACACUGUAUUAUUUCACUAUAAAUAACGUGCAAAAGAAUCUAUAAGCAUGCAACGUUGUAGUUCUGUUGUCAAUUAAGUCAUGAAAUAACCAAAGAUGUGAUUAAAGCUGCGUCAAAACUGUGCAUGCAUGUAUGUAUUUGUUACACAGGCAUCACAUGUAAGAGCAUGUCUCUGGACUAAAAUAUUCUGCUGUGAUAUCACAAUUUGAGACACAAGCUGAUAUGUAAUUUUUAAUGCACAAAUAAAUGUGAGCACUGUGCAUUUGUACUAGAACAGGUCCUGGAGAGCUACCGUCCUGCAGAUUUUGGUUCCAACGCUGCUCCAACACACCUGUCUGUAAUUAUCAAGCAACCCUGAACACCUUGAUUAGCUGGUUCAGGUGUGUUUGAUUGGGGUUGGAGCUGAAAUCUGCAGGAUGGUAGCUCUCCAGAAGCAGGAUUAGAAUGACAUGAGAGUGAGUAAAUUAUGCCAGAAUUUUCUUUUUUGUGUAAACUGUCCCUUUAAGAAAGGGUAGGUUUUAUUUGGCUAAAAAUCAAUUGAUUGCUUCUUUGGUGCUGGUUUGGUAAGAAUAUAACCGUGUUGUGUUUGGACUGACAGGUUUGUCAUUUCCUCUUUGAGUGGCCACAUGUGAUCUACUGUACAGGUUUUAAAUGCCAUUUUUGAUUGAGUUCCUUCAUAGUGUUUAAAACCAUAUGUUUUGACAUUGGAUCUUCUGCAGUUUCAGUGUCUUCACCAUCAAGGGGAUCAUUUUGACAAGCUAACACACAUUUGGGAUCUUUCACACACAGCUUUCAUCUGUCUUUACUAUUUCUUAUAAACAAGCAUUAGACAGGUGUCUUUAACCGUUGUGAUCAUCGCUGUUUUUUCACACUUGCUCAUGUGAUAUUGCUUAAUUGGCUUUAUCUGUGAACCACAGGAAUCAAUGGUAUGUCUUUAUAUAUUAAUAAUUGAACAUUUAUAAUUUGUUUAUUAUAAUUAAUAUCCUCAUUUAGAAAAUGUGUGUUUUAAUAGUGUAAAUCAUGGAAUAUGACACAGGUAUGUUCACACACACAUAUCUGUGGUUAAUGUUGUUUUGUUCUCUCUUCUUGUCUUCAGAUGGGUUUGAUCUCACACCGGAUCCAAACACAGCAGACACUCAUCUCAUUCUGUCUGAGGAGAACAGAAACACAUGUGUUUGAGGAUCAGCCAUAUCCUGAUCAUCCGGAGAGAUUUGAUGUGUGUCAUCAGGUUCUGUGUAGAGAGAGUCUGACUGGACGCUGUUACUGGGAGGCUGAAUGGAGUCAGUGAAUGAAUAUCAGUUACAUAUAAAGGAAAAGACGAAGAGAUCCUGGAUUCUGAACUGUUCUGAUUACAGAUUCACUGUCCGUCACAAAAAUCAGAGAACUAUCAUAUCUGCCCAUUGUUUUAUGGUGCGUAUAGGUUAGGUAAAGUAAGUCAAAUCUGUCCUAAAUCAUAAGCAUCUGAAUUUUCAUACUUACAAUAAAUGGGUCACAGAAGACGUCUCCAUGGUCUGUUCAGCUCAAGUUUUCAAGAAAUCAAAGACUUUUGGCAGGCGAGCUUCUUAGUUUCAAUUAAAUAUAGUUUUAUUAACGACAGGUUAACCAGUUUGCAUACAAAGUUCUAAUAUAUAAAAAACAAGACAAAACAAAUUCAAGAGCAAAUCAUUUACAAACGUUGUCUGUAGGAGGUGCUAACAGCAAGGCAUCUAACACCUGAGAUGCUGUUCCUAACAAUCAGCAUCUGCUGCAAUUUUCACAUUUCAGCCUUUUAUAAACAAUCUGAAUUCUUGAGGUCAUCAUCUUUGGAAAUCCCCUCAUCAUAUAUUAGUCUUUUAUUGACAGUUUGUGAAAUCUGAAGUCUUGAGGUGUCAUGAGCUUUGGGAAUCCCCUCAAGACUUUCAUUUAGCAGAAGCAGAUGCUUUUAUCUAAAGCUAUUUAUAGGCUUAAAUGAUUUGCCACAUCUUUUUCUAUGUAUAUGAAAUAAUAAAUUAAAAUAAUAAAUGAUCAGUUGAAAUAUUUAAUUCUGCAGCUAAUAUCAACAGCAUGAGUAGUAGAUGAUAAUAAAACACUAAACAAUUCUUUAGAAAAUCUAAAAGAGAAAUAAAAAGAUUUAAUGUUUCUGGCUCCUCUAUGCAACAUGAUAAAUCAGUGUGGUUAAGAGUUUAUAAUAAUGUUCACAAAACUUUAGCACAAAUACAUUAUUUAUACAUCGUUCAUGGAAUGUUUUUUUUCUGUGAAGGUUCAGUUGGACAUUCAUCUAACAUUUUUUAAAUGUUACUACUUGUUUCAGAAUGUUCAGAAAACAUUCAAAGGUUGCAUUCCCAUAAUGUUUGUAGAAUGAUAAAAUAGAAUGUUCCCUUAAUGUUCACAUAACCAAAAUAAUAAAAAAAAAAAAUAAAAAAAAUUUAAAAACUGGAUGUUUUGAAUGUUUGGAGAACUUAAUGGCGGUGUUAGCUAAAUGGGAAGAUAUUUGUAGGUCUACUGGAAAAUGAGACAAAAAUACUGUGAUAAUUUUUUUCCUUAUAUACGUCAUGACGCCAUUUAAAUGUCAUUGCACAUGCACAGAACUUUCCAGUUUCAGUUUUCAAACGUAUCAAGUGUUUUCAUGUCCUAUUGAACGGAUUAUAAAAGGUUUAAAGACCCCUUACAAUCUGAAUGAAAUUUUAAAAAAAUCUGGCCAAUUCAUUCCGACUGACGAGGUUACAUGUCUUUUUUAUUCAGACUGGACUACUAGUUUGAUUACAGUUGGAUUAUUGGGGUCCAUGUAAACGCAGUAUUUAGUUGGUUUAAGCAGAUCAGAUGAUGUUUGAUCAUGAGCUGGUCAGGCACAUCUGGAAUGUCUUUGGGAUUUUCCUGUGUAACCUGAAAGCAGCCAAUCACAGUGCUGUUAUCAGUGGAAAUUCAGUGUGAUGUUUGUUAAUGUUUGCAAUGACAAAUGUCAGAAAA